UUUUGGUGUCUUUUUUUACAUAUAUAAUGAAGCAUGUACCAAAGAGCGAGUGAUGGUCCAAGCAUGCAGCAGCAUUAUUGGACGGUUGUGAAAGUGCGGCAGUAGUCAGCAGCGUGGCUGGGAUGGAAGCAGCGAAGCAACCCAUCGGAUGGACAGACAUGAAGGCAGAGGGUUCCCCUUUUCAGAGUGAGGGAGCAUUUAAGAAAUAAACCAUUGUCUAAGUAAGAGGCACGCUGUGGUGCUUUAUGGUGUGAGAUUGUGUGUUUAAUGGUUUACAUCCUGGUUGUCUCGUCGUGAAGCCGCGUUGUGCGUGGAAACUGCACAAACUUUGCGCCUGAGCCGAUCUUCAUUGUCCUCGUCUGAGCCCCUUCUAAGCCCGUCUAAGCCCUCUACGCCGCUCUAAGCCGCCCUGGGAGAUUUCGUCACAGAUGGCCUGAUUCUGGUAAGCACCGAUACCACUUGGCUUCGCACUUGGCUGAUAACAACCAACACCGAAAGAAAUGGAGUUCGACUUCCAGAGUGCUUUCCAGCCCGCCACACCACCAUACACGGACUCGAGCGGCGCAGAGUUCGACGAAGCUAUAUCGUCGCUUCUCGAGCAAUCGCCUCAGCAAGAGGGCGUGGACAUGGGCGACACGAAUGAACUCCAGAACUGGCUGCAAAGCCAACCUAUCUUCAAUGCCUACGACGACCCCUUCCAGUCGCUUCAAGCAGGCUUAUCGAACAGCAAUGGCGUUAGUGUCGACCCGCAAGGGCUGAUGCUGGCAGACUUGCAGAGCAUGCAAAGCGCGUAUCCUCAAGACGCCGCGGAAGCUGGUGGACCUGCUGACGGAGCUGCUGAUAGACCGGCCGCUCAACCUAAGUCAGCUAAGCGGAAAGCUGCAGAUAGCGGGCAAACUACCAAAAAGCAGAAAUCAGAAGCUCAGAAACAACGCUUUCCUAAGCCACCACAACCGGUACCACCGCCUCCCAGCCAUGGCGGGCCUAAAAAUCCCUCCCAUAACGCGGUGGAGAGGCGCUAUAGAAACAAUAUAAACACCCGCAUACUAUCCUUACGUUGCGCAGUGCCCGCGCUGGUUGCGAAACCACCACCUCAGACGUCCUCGAGGCGCAAAGCGCCGCCAUUGUACGUAGAGGGCGUGGCAGUGCCCAACAAGAUCAACAAGCAGACGGUCCUUAUCGGUGCGACGGACUACAUACGCCGCUUGAGAGGGAGAGAGCAGCGGUUGAUGCGUGAAGUCGAACUUCUAAGGUCAAAGUUGCCAAUAGCAGAGAAGGGAUUGUGGGAGAAUGAAUGGGGUGCUGUUGAUGACAGGGAGCUCUACGACGAGGUUGAAGAUUUUGCCCCACCAGACAACGCAUUCGUCGAUCUGAUAGAUGAGCCUGACGCAAAGACUUCAACAUCAGCAACAUCAGACGAGCAGCAGUCGCAGCAGUCACCCUCUAGUGAUGGUAGCAGCGCACCUAGGUAUCUCCUGGGUAUGUUUCUGUCGUUCGGUCUCCUUCAGAAACCCUACCAGAAACAGCAAAACAUCUUCAGGAGGCACUUCGAAGAGGGCACAGUGCUUUCAAGCAGUCUGCCUCCAACUGCCAAUGAUGAAGGCAUUCAUUGGAGAGAACACAUCAUUCCUGAUCUCUACCACCCACGCGUGCAUGAUAUUAUUCAGACAAUUCUCAUUUGUUUGACGCUAGUUGUGUUGCUUUAUCCGCUGCUUCCAAAAGUAAAGAGCAACCCUAUAGUCAAAGGUGUCGAAAUAGGUUGGAUGUCUUUUCAACGGCUGUUGAACUUCAAAAUUGGUAGAGGUGGCACAACCGACGAGAUAAUCAAGCGUGCUCAAAGGCAGAUAUAUAAUCCUAAAGAGUACUCGAAGCUGGAUAAGAUGCACACGUAUAUGACCCUUGCCUCUUCGCAACAAUGGAAGGACACGCCAGUAAACGCGGCAACGGCAGCCUUACACAGCAACUCCAGCAAGCUCUGGAAAUCUGCACAAACAAUGAAGGGACUAGAGACUGAGCCGAGAUAUGUUCAACUAGCAUUAGAGAGAGAUCUCAAUGAUGCAACCCAACUGUGUAGGAUAGGAGAUAGCAACGAUGACCUGAACGUAUUGCAGAAGAUUUCCGUCAAUGUGUCCAUACUAGCUCUAGAGGAGUUAUGGAGUCUGAUAUUUACCCAGAUAGUCGAAGAGAAGGCCUCAGCUAGCGACGUGCAGCUAAUCAACAAAGCUAUCACCCAGCUGGUGACAUCCUCGAAGGAUCUUCCGGUAGUUAAAACAAUGUCGUCACUGUCUGCAGCCAUGUGGGCACUCUUCCAAGGCAAGACGGAUAUCGCAUUGCGUUUGUCAUCCAGAGUCAACAAAGGAGAUGGCUCGUUGAAAUGUUUGCAGGUAUUCCGAAUGCUUACUAACACCUCCGAUGAUAUUGAGGACAACGAAGGUGCAGUCGACAAGCGCUUCACGAGAUGCGACGACUUGGCGACAAUAGCAAUGCUGUACUUUUCCUUAAAGGUCUCUCUUCAAGGUAUCAAGGAGGGAAAUGACAACAAGCAGCAAGCAAGAUCGCUAUAUGGCUUGACGCUCAGACUACGUUCUUUACUCGGAUCACUAGACAAGGAGGAAAGCAAACUUCUCGACAACAACACGUUCGAUGCCGCUGUUGAUUGUCUUCAAGUUACGGGCUACAAGCUCAUGGGUUUUGAGUUCUAGCGUUAUUUAUUAGAUAAUAUUGUUGUAUUUCUUGGGAUGGUUUCAUAUACUGUGAUUUAAUCCAUUAGUAUUUUUCUAUCCCUAUUCAGCCUGUUAGGCUUCGUUAUUGUCAUCUUAUCUGGAAG